CCGCCGAGUGCCAUUACGACCGCUCCCGGGCUCACAUGCACAGAUGGCUCGACCGUCCUCUACACCAGAGAAUGCACCUACGGAUUCCCCAUCUCGUACUGCCACAGCGACCCGCCGCCACUUACGUGCCAGACGGGCUACUUCCCGAGCAGUAUUCAGUAUGGGCACUGCGAGGUGGGGCAGACGUGCUUCCCGGUCGACGCGGACUGGAUCACCACGACGUGCGCGCCGGGCGGCGGCCAGACCCCUUACCUGACCACGACGCUCUUCUCGGGCACGCUGGCCGGUGGCGUCAACACCGUCAUCUCCAUGGUCAACUGCAAGUGCGCAGACGACUUGUGGUAUAGCUGGCCCCAGACCCCGCCCUACACGGGCGGCCCCUGGUGCAUGCCCUCCACCGACUGCGCGCCCGGCAUGACCACCAGCUGGAGCACCAACGAGUACUGCAUGACCGUCACCACGCCCAGCUACUGCAGCACGGAGACGGCCCUCAGCAGACCGUACUGCGCCUGCGCCACGGGAUUGCCCCAGUACCCACCUGCAGGGGGGUCGCCGACUACUUGU